AUGGCCUCAGACGUGAUUGAAAGUGAAGUGGUGCUGAAGGGUCUAAGUGACACAAGUCUGAACAAUAAUAGCCCAAAUCUUGACAAACCCAGAAGGACUCCCGGGGAUCUGGGGAAUAGAGAGACGUCAAGUCCCUUAUCCUCCGGAGUGUCGGGAGAGGGUGAUGGGGAAGAAUUGGACGAAAUACAAUAUAGCGCCGUUUCAACGGUGGAAAAUGGCAAAGAGGCACAUGAGAGUCACACUAAAAAAGGAGGUUCGCCACAGGAAAGGACGACCCCAGAAAAUGGACAUAAACAACCACAGGCAAGGACCUCUUCUCCAGUGGGUUUUCCCCAGUCUCACCCAACCUCUGGACCCAAUGGAAGGCCCCUGCCUGAGGAAGAGGAGUUUGAUGAAGAGCUUUUUGUUGGACCUUCUUGUGAAAGAGAACCAGGCUAUGUAGUCAACCAUGGAAAGAAAGCCAAAAAGAAGCUUGCAGCUCCAGACAUCAAGCUGAACCUUGACUGCAGUGAGGGCUCACUUCUCUCUGAUGAGCUGGACGAAAGCACAGAGCUGGACCUAGAUGACAUAGACGCACCCUCAGAUAACAGCAUCGAGUUUGAAUGGGAAGAUGAUUUACCCAAGCCAAAAACCACAGCGCUACUGCAGAAGGGUGUUGAGUCUGUCCAGGAGUACUCUGCCUUGGAGGAAAAGGAGGAGGGACGGCGCUGGAGGGUAUUUCGUAUCGGUGAUCAAGAGCACAGAGUAGACAUGAAGGCUAUAGAGCCCUACAAGAGGGUUAUCAGUCAUGGAGGUUAUUAUGGAGAUGGGUUAAAUGCUAUAAUCGUAUUUGCUGUGUGUUUUAUGCCUGAGAGCAAUCAACCAAAUUACAGUUACAUAAUGGACAAUCUCUUCAAGUAUGUCACUGGCACUCUGGAGCUUUUGGUUGCUGAAAACUAUAUGAUAGUGUAUUUGAACGGUGCUACAUCAAGAAAAAAGAUGCCAACUGUCGGCUGGCUAAGGAAGUGUUAUCAACAGAUUGACAGAAGGUUACGGAAGAACUUGAAGUCACUGAUAAUUGUCUAUCCCUCUUGGUUUAUUCGCACCCUUUUGGCACUCACAAAACCCUUCAUAAGCUCCAAAUUUAGCCAGAAAAUCAAAUACGUGUAUAGCCUGACAGACCUGGCAGAGUUGGUUCCUAUGGCGUAUGUGUCUAUACCAGAUUGUAUUAAACAAAUUGAUCAGGGCAUGCAUGGCAAGGUGGAGAUUGCAGCCGCCGCUGUUCCAGAGUCAAUCUGCCAGCACUCUGGGGCGAACAGGAGGAAGAUUUUGUAG